CAGCUCUUAGCCAGCAAAGCACCCCUAUCGCCGCCGAAUCAACUCUCCUUAUUCCUACUUUCCGGGCCAUGGGAACUGAACUGUAACAUUGACUGCUUCCGCGCAGUCGCUUCUCGACCCUUUCCUCCUAGAGUACUCACCCGGUCGACAGUGGUUCAUCUCGUUUUGAAUGGACGUAUUCCUCCUACGCCGAAGACAUCUCUCGGAUACAGAACCUCCUCUAUCGAGUCAACGAUCUCGAUCCAAGUAUAUUGAACCUCCUUCACACUCUGCCAACGUCUUGUUGACCAUACUUUUAUCAACCUCUGGCCACCAUGGGCAAGUCAACUGCGAGUGGGAAACAACAUGAUGACCAGCUCAAGAUGAUGCAGUGUUCCCUCAUACUUGGUGUUCUAUCGACACUCCAGGGUUUCCACUAUGAAUUUGAUGUUACGCGUCUACUGGAGGACUUGGUCCAAAGAGAGAAGGAGACAUGGGUGCCGAGGGUGGACACAGAAGACCAUGAUAAAUUCCAAGAUGCGCAAACAGACCACAGCAUCAGCUGGGAAGGACUCACCUCGGAGUUUGUGUCCGCCUUCCCUGGAGUCCUCCCGAAAGAUGCGGAAGCUCAAAAGACGCUAGCAUGUCAACUGCGCAGUCAGCUCAGGCACAAUCUUGAACAGAUGAGCCAGCUCCCGGAUUGGCCUCAGAAGUCGUUCCUGAAACCACUACGGCAAUUCGUGUGGGCAGAUCUCACGUGGGAGAUGAACGUUUGGUUGGUUCUUCGCGGCUCUGCCGUAAUUCCUUCUGGCAAUUUGACUGGGUUAAAACCGUGGAGCAGACAUAACCGGGACUUGAGACAGCUGGCGGAGAUUCUGGGCACUUCAUGUCUGUUUAGCAAACCUGUCACCGAUAAGAAGCUUACCGUGACAUCGCUUCAAGACUGUAUCCAGAAGCUGGAGAUUUUAUUUUGUGGCUCAGAAAUUAAUCAUGUCAACUCGGGCGAAGCAACCUAUGUGGUGGCAUUUUACCUGUGCAAAGCGAAUGACGACGCCUUUAUCAGACAUUUUCGAAGUUUACCUUGCCUGUCGACGAUCGGCAGGGACCCCAGUUCCGAGCCUGGGAAAUGGCAGUACCGAUGCGUUUUGGAAAAGCACGAGUCGUCAGUCACCCAAGACGAUCUCUUCAUAAGCAAUCGACGACCGACAUACUGUAAGGCCUUUGAAUCUCAGUCUCAAGCCCUUCAAUGCUGGGAAGACAUCGUUGGAAGGUCCGAACAACUUUUACAUCAUCGCUGUCCAAGGCCUUUUCCGGGCAGUAGGAGCACGUCAGAUCGUCCUGAGGUUUUGGAGGCCGUCGAGCUCGUCCGAGCAUAUAUGCCCUGAAGGAAAUAAUGACGACAGAACCACCAGGAAAGUCAUCUGAAAUUACAAAAGAUGACGGAGAUUAACAAACUGAAUCAAGUCCAAGAAUAAGCUGCCGAAUAACCAUUGGUGUCCGAAGGACUUGUUGUUAGUAGUAAAAGGAUCAUUCUCUUCAGGGUGUUAUCGCCAAAGCUCGCUGGUAUUAGUUUCCUCUUUUCAGUCUCACUCGGUCACUCAUUCUAUAACAGCGCUUGUGCGUGAGGUAAGUAAUGUCAUACCCCAGACACUAUGACUAGGCAAAUCGAGACUUUAUGGACCGACGAGGAUGGCUUCGACUGAGAU